ACCAUAUUUCUAAAUGUGUUCAUUUACAAAUAUGUUUGUUUACAAGCAAAUGUGUUUGUAGAUGUAGUUGUUUACACAUAUAUUUUGUUAACAUAUUAUGUAAACGACAUAACAUAAUAUGUUAUGUAAAAACAACGUAUGUAAAAAGAAAUAUAUGUUGGUUCAAUCAUAAUUUCUCAAAGCUAAUAUGAAUUUUUCCUUCCCUGCCAAUCAGGGAGCAUGAAUUAUUCAAGAGUGACUACUAUCAAGUGAAAUUUUCAGCCUUCCGGUAGCUUUUAUGUAAACUCAAGUUCAUUUUAGCAAAUUUUAUGAAAUUACAAUGAGGACUUUGUCAUGCUGUACAUUUCUUCAUGCCAUGUCAGAUGUUUGCUUAAAUGGCUCUCUUUAGUCAAACCUCAGCUUCUUGUCUAAAUGUUUGUGGCUUCCACUACCAUCAACAACUCAACUAUGAUUACGGCCGAGUGGAAAUUAACCUUACAUAAAGAUUGAAAAUGUUCAUGUUCAUGUCAGACUGAUUUAAGUAAAAUUAUAUUCUAUUAAUCAGAAAAUAAUUAAAAAGUUCAUUUGUUUAUUAUUCAUCACAGUGAAACACAUUAUGUAGAUGAAUUAUGACUGAAGCCUUUGUUGUUUAAGAUUAUUUUCCAAUUACAGCUAAUGAGAAGACGUCAUUUGAGAUUAAAAUAUUACAAGACAAUAAAAACACUUUUAACACACAAAUGUGGGCUUGAUGAAAAGUAUGUUUUAUAUCUUGUUCUUCUCAAAAAGUACUUUCUAUCUGAGAAACCAGUCUCAUCGGAAAUCAUUCUUAUUUAUUGAACAUGACUGUACUUUAAAGGUUAAAACUGUCUGCUUGGAAAUUUGUGUUAAUCCCACCUGAUAUUGUCACGGCAUUAAACAAAAAUCUUGUGACUUUGAUGCACAACAACCAAAAAGAAAAAAAAAAGAUCAAACAGACCAAUUUUGAAAACUAUUUUUCCAUUCAUUUAUAUAGUCACAAAACUUUCCUAAAUGGAGUUUGGUCCGUGUUGAAAAAUAAUUUUUCAAAAGUAUGACAAAUAAUGGCUUUCAAAGAAAAUUGUGACAUUUAUUAAUUUAAAAUUUUCCGAGCUAAUUUUCAAGUGCUACGAAGGAUAAUCAUAACGUUUGUACAGCACUAUGUUUUAUGUGACGUCUAUGGCCACCUGCCUACAAAUCCCAGAAUCCUCAGGCAUUGUUUGUUUAGCCUGCACCCCGGCUGUUCUCUCUGUACAGGACUCUGCUCAACUGCCAGCUGUUAUUUAGUAAUAAUGCAUUGCUUACAUGCAUCCUUAAUUCUUUACAUCAAAAUGAAGUACACAUUCGGCUGAACCUACGCUGAGAGCCGGAAGGAGCAAAACAGGAACAUGAAAUGGAGAUAACCCGGGCCAGACCGUCGCUGUAUGGAGAAAUCGCUCAUGGCCUCGGAUUCUGGACGGACCGGUCAGCGGUGCACGAGGCUGCCGCGCAGGGCCGAGCCCUGCAGCUGCAGCAGCUAAUUGAGGCGGGCGCCGCCGUAAACAUUGUCGCAGUGGACUCCAUCACUCCGCUGCACGAGGCCUGCAUACAGGGUCAAACCCAGUGCGUCAGGCUGCUGCUGGCCGCUGGUGCACAGGUGGAUGCUCGGAACAUCGAUGGAAGCACCCCGCUGUGCGAUGCCUGCGCAGCCGGGAGCUUGGAUUGUGUCAAGCUGCUGUUGGAGUACGGAGCGACCGUCAACCCUCCACUCUUCACUUUCUCUCCUCUUCACGAGGCGUGCAUGGGAGGUAACUCAGACUGCGUUCAGCUGAUGAUCGACCGAGGCGCCUUCAUGGAGGCUCACGACUGUCACUAUGGAACGCCGCUUCAUGUGGCGUGUGCUAGGCAACACUUCGACUGCGCCAAAGUGCUGCUCGUUGCAGGAGCAAACGUGAACGCUUCCAAGCUCCACGAGACGGCCCUUCACCACGCCGCUAAGACCAAGAACACCGAUCUGAUAGAGCUGCUUGUGGAGUUCGGGGGGAGCGUUUUCGUUCGAGACAACCUGAACAAGAAGCCAAUCCACUACACCAGCCCGGGCUCUCCCUCCUACCGCUGCCUCGAGUUCUACGAAAAUACUCCCCUGAGCCUGCAGCAGCUCAGCAGACUGGCUUUGAGGAGGACUCUCGGCACAAGAGCACGCAAAGUCAUUUCGGAGCUGCUCUUGCCCAAGAGCAUCAUAAGAUUCCUCUCGUACAUGAAGCCUCUUGUCAUAGAAAUAUGACCCUGUCUGACAGACUUAAGCGUAAAUCUGUGGAGGAUGAAAUGUGGCAGGCAGUUGAGAAAGCAAAAAAAAAAAAAUAAUAAAAAAAUCUGGGCUGUAAAACUAGCCAGAUGUUUUAGAAACAGGCAGGCUGGUUGAAUCUGGAGUCUAAACACUCAAUUACCUUGUCUAAUAAACAAGUACAUCUCCUUAUUAAAGCAGUAUGAAACAGAGAUUUCCGUUGUGUUGGCCAGUUCAGACCUUUUCUUCAGAAAUGUGUAUGAAAUUACAGAAGAAGUCCUUGCACUUGUUACUACAGGCCACCUUCCUUCCAAUGUUACAGCUGUUGCUGUCACCUGGAAUCUGGUUUUUCAUGUUUCUUGGAUCCGCUUUCCACCGAAACAAUUAGCAGCACGGACUUUGGAGCACCACUACUCAUUUAGGUGGGGUGAAAUCUGCGUCUACUUCUCUGGUAAAUCAGAAAUAUAUUAGCUUGGGGAUCAUAGCGUACUGUGCUGACUUCUAGGAAACAAAAACUUCUUGGAAACUCUCUAUAGAGAGUCCUACGUAGAGGCAAACAUUGUAUGUUUUCCACUUUGUUCACUUUAUCUAACAUAUAUUCCAGUCCCCUAACAACAAAAAGACGAGGUCUUAGUACAGUGAAAUACAUACGUAGCUUUAUUUUUUUCUGGAAGUUUUAUUAAAGUCUUUGAUGAUAAACUGACUCUAAACAAAUGUAUUGUUCCAUUAUUAGCACUGUAUAAUUGUGUGUACUUGUAUAUAUUCUGUAACUAUAUUUAUUUUUUAUGUAAAUAUGUAAAUAUUACAGAUGGUCAUACCUCUAUCAAGUUCAUGGAAAUAAAAGAAAACAAAAUUGCUAUAUU